AUGUCGUCUUCCAUUGAGGAGAAAUUGAAAGCCACUGCGACGGUAGCUCGCUUGUCUACCGAAGAAAAAGUGAAUGAAGAGGUCCUGGAAGUAGAAACCAUUGCGGAGGAGCCGGUCCAGGGCGUGCUACACAAUGACAGGACCAAGUUGAAGCAAGGUCUCAAGGAACGUCACAUCAAGAUGUUGACGCUGGUGGGUGUUUUCGGUACAGGUCUGUUCCUGUCAUCGGGUGGUACGUUACAUAAGACCGGUCCUGUGGGAAUGCUCAUAGCAUACCUUUUCGUCGGUAUCGUGGUAGGCUGUAACCAGAUAGCUAUCGCUGAAGUGGCCGCUUUCAUGCCCGCCACAGGUGCCACGAUCAGGCACGCGGAGCAGUUCAUUGACGACUCGGUGGGAUUCACAUUUGGGUGGAUUUCCACAUACUCCUCUUUGAUGCCAGGUGAACUUUCAGCCACGGCUGUCAUCAUGAAAUACUGGACAGAUCUCAAUUCGGGAAUUUUCAUCACCAUUUUCGGAGUGCUUUUUGUUUUGACCAACAUCUACACCAUUAGAUUCUACGGUGAAGUGGAGUAUCUCUUUGGGUGGUUGAAGGUUCUAUUGAUUCUCAUUUUGAUUAUUACAGGAUUGGUCAUCGAUCUGGGCGGUGCCAAAGGCCAGGCAAGGCUAGGCUUCCACUACUGGAAAGACCCAGGUCCAUUCGCGAACUACCUUGUCGAUGGUGGCAUUGGUAAAUUUGUUGGGUUCUGGUCGGCAAUCUCCUCGGUUGUCUACUCUUACAGUGGAAUCCAAAACAUCGCCAUCUUGGCCGGUGAAACUAAGAACAGUAGACACGCAAUUUACCAUGGUGCAAAAAACGUUUUCGUUCGCAUAAUAGUGUUAUAUCUAUUGGCAGUUUUCGUGUUGACUUUGAUUGUCCCUUAUAAUGACAAGCUAAUUGCCAGCGGUACGGGUACCGCCAAGUCCAGUCCUUAUGUUAUUGCCAUGAACAGAGCAGGUAUUAAAGUUUUACCACACAUCGUCAAUGCAAUUGUUUUGACCUCUGCUUGGUCUGCUGGUAACCUGGCAAUCGUAGAAGGUUCGCGUAACUUGUUUGCGCUUGCCACCAAAAGGCAAGCUCCACAGAUCUUUUUGACCACCAACAAGAGAGGUAUUCCAUGGGUCGGAAUUCUUUUCAUCUCGGCGUUUUUGCCACUGGCUUACAUGUCGUGCUCCGAGUCUUCAUCUGCAGUCUUUAGUUGGUUCCAAGAACUGGUCUCAUCUAACACAUUGUUGCGCUGGAUUCUAAUCUCUGCCAACCACAUUCACAUGGACAGAGCGUUAAAGGCCCAAGGUUAUUCUAGAUCGGAUCUGCCGUACCACACGCGUCUUGCACCCUAUGCGGCUUGGUUCUCCGGUAUAAUGUCCGUUAUAUUUCUACUUACCGGUGGGUUCUACAACUUUAUUCAUGGCCACUUCAGUAUCGAGUCCUUUUUCACCAGAUAUUUUAUUAUCCCACUUGCUAUCGGUUUGUUUACCUUUUGGAAGUUAUUCAAAAAGACGAGGUACUUGCGUCCUCAUGAGGUGGAUUUGAAGUCGAUCUUUGAAGACAUCGCUCAAAAUCCUGAAGACAUUCCGACAAACGUUUCUAUUUGGAAGAAAAUAAUUUAG